UAGAAAGAUAAGCAAUGGCAACAACGAAGUUUUCAUUUUUUCUAUUACCUUUGUUGAUGGUGUUUGCUCUCAUCGUUUUGCCUAUGACUUCAGGACAAUAUUUCAAAUGUAUGGACGCAUGCACACUCACACCGCCAUGCGCAGACAAAUGCAGAGCUAUGGGGUUCUCUAAUGGUGGGGAGUGUCGAAUCUAUAGUUUUGGCGGUGUUUGUUGCUGCCAAUGCACUUCUAAAGAUUGUAUAAAUCCUCUCUUAUUCAAUCCUCCUCUCUACAAUUAAUGCCCUUCUUCAUUUUUAUAUGUACUCUUCAAUUAUAUAUGA